AUGGCUCAUUCCACCCAGUGCUAUCUCCCUCGGUUCGCCUCGGCGGUCGACGGGGCCAAACGGCCGGUCUCGAUGAAGACAAGGCCAACCGCCGCCCAGCAUGCGCAGUUAUUAACCGCAUGCAACGAAGGUCGGCUGGAUUCGCUUUUGCGGACAACCUGGGCUCUCGUGCUCCACUACUACAUCCGUUCGGAGGACAUUUGUUUCGGUUAUCAACAUCUCGAGGGAGACUCGCGGUCUCCCAAAUCAACUGUACAGCGUGCCAAUGGCGCCAAUAUUUCCACUAUUCGCGUAUCGAUCAACGAAAACGACUCUCUCACGGCAAUUCUAGACAAGGUGGGCGCAACAGGCCUAAACAAACAACACAAUGGUGGAAGCUCGGAGGAGACGUCCGAGGGAUAUCUCCCUUUCAAUACCAUUUUGAUGUUGCGUACAUAUGAUCCGCCGGCAUCACCGUCGAAACCAAUCCUGGCAGCGGCUCUCCCAGAUGAGUGUCAAGUCCGUCUCCAUGUCAAGGUCAUGCGUGGGGACAUCAGCAUGUCCCUCGAGUGGCGUAAGGGUGAUAUGUCCGCCGACCAGAUGAAGAGUGUCGCCAACAUUUUUGAACAAUUACUUGCCAAAGUCCUGUCUGCCGAGAAAACCGCUAUUAGCCAGCUUAAUUUGUUCUCGGAGAAUGACUGGCAACGCAUUCGCAAUUGGAAUUCCACCAUUCCUCAACUUCAUGAUCGCUGCAUCCACGAAGCUAUCCAUGAUCAAGUCCUAAGUGGACCAGACCGCGAAGCUGUGUGUGCCUGGGAUGGCAGCUUUACCUAUGCGCAGCUGGACUACCAGGCGUCCAAACUUGCAUGCCAUCUGCGCAUGCAGGGGGUCGGCCCCGAAAUCCGCGUGGGAUUGUGUUUCGACAAAUCGAAAUGGAACAUCGUCGCAAUGCUUGGCGUGAUGAAGGCCGGGGGAGCUUUUGUCCCACUUGAUGCCACGCACCCAACUUCCCGACUGCAGAACCUCAUCACAUCCGUCCAGGCUGCAGUUGUGAUCUGCUCCGACACGCGUGCAGAAAAACUUCGACCUAUCGUAAAGACUUUGAUCCCCCUCAGCGCGGACACUUUGGAUCGCUUGUCCGACGUAGACAGUGUCGACCUCGCAUCGGGAGUUACCAGUCAAAAUGCGGCUUAUGUUUUGUUUACCUCCGGCUCUACUGGGGAGCCAAAGGGAACCUUGCUGGAGCACCGAGCAUUCCUCUCGAGUGCCAUGGUGCAUGGGCCUGGCCUGCGCGUCUUCCGUGACUCUCGCUGUCUCCAGUUCGCAGCUCACACGUUCGAUGCCAGUUUGUCCGAGUCGUUGACGCCGCUCAUACAUGGUGCCUGCGUGUGCAUCCCGAGUGAGGAGGCCCGGCUCAACGACAUCGUCAGCACUAUCAAUGAUAUGCGUGUCACCCAAGCAUGCUUUACCCCGUCAUUCAUCGGAUUUAUUGAAAUCGACAGUGUCCCAGGACUGCAGAGUCUGGUUCUGGCCGGUGAAGCAAUGUCGCAGUCCCAGCUGGCUACUUGGUCCAGAAUCAAAUUAGUCAAUGGUUAUGGACCAACUGAGGCCAGCGUUGCCUCCGUGCUCAACUCGUGGAUUACACCAGACACCGAUUGCAAAGAUAUCGGUCUACCCAUCGGUGUCAGGGCUUGGCUUGUGAACCCUGAUAACCAUGACGAACUCGUCCCUGUGGGCUGCCCCGGCGAACUACUUUUGGAAGGCCCGUCCCUAGCCCGGUGCUACGUGAAUAACCCCCAGAAGACAAAUGAAUCAUUCAUCUACGAUCCUGCUUUCACGAAAUUGGAGGCGGAUACUGCCUCUAACCGCAGAUUUUAUAAGACUGGUGAUAUUGUGCGGUACAACGCUGACUCUGGUGCACUCAACUACGUUGGUCGAAAAGAUACGCAGGUUAAGGUCCACGGACAGCGCAUUGAGCUUGGCGAAAUCGAGAACCAGCUCAGUGCUGACUUGCACGUCACCCACUGCUCCGUAUUUUUCCCCAAGUCGGGCUUCUCCAAGGGUCGUCUCGCAGCGGUUGUUUCUUCCGCCGGGUUACUCGCUGAACAGUCCGAGUCGGAUUUGGAGCCGUUGCGUCUAGUCUCUGCCUCGAAAAAGGCCGAACUUAUACCCGGACUCCGUGAACGUCUCCUCGCACGACUUCCGACUUAUAUGGUCCCUGCUGUUUGGCUCUGCGUUGAAGCUUUGCCUCUCUUGCCCUCCGGGAAACUUGACCGCAAGGGUAUCGCUACUUGGGUUGCCGGCAUGGAAAGUGAUCCAGAUCUUCAGCACAGUGCCUCUGUUGCGAUCCUGGACGCAGAGACGUCACAGCCGGCCAACAACCGUGAGGAAGCUUUGGCAGCUGUGUAUAGCCGCGUCCUUAAUAUUCCUCUGAACCAGUUGAACUUGAACGAGAGUUUCCUGGCGCUUGGAGGUGACUCUAUCGCCGCAAUGUCAUGUAUUGGUCUCUGCAAGAAGAGUGGGUUCGUACUCUCAGUACAGGAAAUUCUUCGCAGCAAAUCGAUCCGGGAUUUGGCAACCCGAGCCAAGGCUACUGACAACACCACCACCUACGAGGAGGCUGUCGAUCAGCCAUUCGACCUCUCACCUAUUCAAACUCUCCACUUCGGCGUUCGUAAGGAGGGACAAGGUCACUUUAACCAGGGCGUUUUGGUUCGCAUGAACAAGCCACUUGAUGAGAGAACCUUACGGAACGCUGUCGAGACCCUGGUCACUCGUCACUCUAUGCUUCGCGCCCGAUAUACUGACACAGGACGCGCAACGGCAUCCAGUCAACGAAUCACCCGCGAUAUAACCGGAUCUUAUAGAUGGAAGACACACAAAGUUAGCCACAUGGAUGCCGUCAAGCCCCACAUCGCUGAUAGCCAGUCAUCUAUCAACUGCUUCUCCGGCCCACUGCUGGCAGUUGAUUACUUCGCGGUUACGGGUGAAUCGCAUGUGCUGUCAAUGACUGCUCAUCAUUUGGUUGUCGAUAUCGUCUCAUGGAAGAUUAUCCUUCAGGACUUGGAAGACUUCAUCCUGAACCCUCAAAAGAGUGCCAGCAACGACUCUCUACCCUUCCAAACUUGGUGUCGCCUCCAGAGUGAGCAGUGCAACAACCUUCGAACCGAGGAAAAGGUUGCGACAGAUGCUUUGGCCACUCCGGAGUUUGGCUACUGGGGACUCCAGAACACCGAGACGACAUAUGGAGAUGUCGACUGUGCCUCUUUCGAAAUCGACCCAGCUCAUACGAGCGCAAUUCUCUUCGACAGCCAUCAAGCGCUUGGAACAGAGCCAAUCGAUAUCUUCCUUGCAGCAAUGAUUCACUCAUUUGGCCGGUCAUUCCCCGACCGUGGUUUGCCGACUAUCUACAACGAAGGGCAUGGACGUGAAACAUGGGACUCAUCGAUCGAUAUCUCGCACACGGUUGGCUGGUUCACGAUCCUACAACCAAUAUUUAUCUCUUCAUAUAAGUCUGAUGAUCCGAUCGAUACUGUCAUCAAGGUGAAGGACCUGCGUCGACGUGUUUCGGACAACGGUCGUGCAGACUUCACCAGCCGGGUCCUGGCCACUGCUGGUAAAACAGGACCUUCUCACCCUCAUCCGUUCGAGAUGUCUUUCAACUAUGUUGGUCAGCAUCGUGAUCUCCAGCGAAAAGAUGGACUCUUCCAGCUUGUGGACCAGAUGGCGGGCGAGGCUGGCCAAGGAGGCGGUGCCGCUGACUUCGGACGCGACACUCCUCGCUUUGGCUUGUUCGAGAUUUCUGCUAUGGUUGUUGCUGGCAAGAUCCGUUUCAACUUCUCCUUCAACAAGAUCAUGCAGCACCAGAACCGCAUUCACCGUUGGGUCUCCAACUGCCAGGAACUGCUCGUUUCUCUUUCCGAGCAGCUGCCCCUUUUGUCAUCUCGUUUGACUCUGAGCUCAUUCCCGAUGCUCUCAUUGACAUAUCCAACAUUGGAGAAGAUGUUACACGAGAAGUUGCCCGCUAUGGGUAUAGAGUCUCCGGACUUGGUGGAAGAUAUCUACCCUUGCUCUCGUAUGCAGCAGGGCAUUCUGCUUGGCCGUACCCGGGACAACUCUUAUUACGCUGUCCAUGACACGUUCGAGAUUCGGGGCACUGGUGCUGGUCAGCCCAACCUGGACAGACUAGCGAAUGCCUGGCAGCAGGUUGUCUCCCACCAUGCGAUGUUCAGGACCAUCUUCGCAGAGAACCUCACUCCACGUGAUCCUUUUUGCCAAGUUGUGCUCAAGAAGUACCAUGUCGCCCCUGUCUUGCUACAAUCAUCUGGUGAUAGCGAUGUCCUCACGACUUUCGACAAGCAGGAGGCCAAAGACUACAGCGAGAUUGCGCCAGCGUAUCGGUUCUCCAUCUGCCAGACAGCCACUGGUCGCCUCUUCGCCCGCAUUGAACUCAGCCACGCAGCCAUGGACGGUAAUUCCAUCUCAAUCAUCCUCCGUGACUUGCAAUUGGCCUACGCCGGAAGACUGGAAGACAGCCCGCAGCCAUUGUUCCGUGACUACAUGCAGUACUUGCAAAAUGCCCCGAAGCAAGCUAGUAUGAACUAUUGGCGCUCGUACCUGAGUGGUGCAAAGCCCUGCCACUUCCCCGUCCUGACCGAUGGUGAAAAGUCAGAGAAGAGCCUCCGGUCUAUUCCUGUCCACUUCAAUGCGCUCGCCGAGCUCCAGAGUGUUUGCGAAAAGCGCGGCGUUACGCUGGCGAAUGUCUUCAACGCGGCUUGGGGUCUCACCCUCCGUGCCUUUUCUGGAUCGGAUGAUGUAUCCUUUAGUUACAUGGCCUCGCUUCGGGAUGUCCCUGUUGAUCAAAUCCAGUGGGCGGUUGGUCCGAUCAUUAAUCUUUUGGUCUGCCGCAUGAAGUUCUGUGGUGAUACGAGCCUCAGCGAUGUUCUGCAAAAGAUCCAAAAUGAUUAUAUGGAGAGCCUCUCCUUCCGCCACACCUCCCUGAUUGAUAUCCAACAUGCCUUGAAGUUAGCUGACACCAAUCUCUUCAACUCUGGUGUCUCUUAUCGCCGCCUUCCAAGUUCCAAGGAUACUGUGCAAAGUGAGAUUGAGUGUAUCGAGGUUGGCUCUAUUCAUGAUCCAGCAGAGUUCCCAGUCUUCAUCAACAUUGAAGCUAUGGAAACCAAGGCCCGGAUUGACCUCAACUACUGGACUACCAACCUCUCCGAUGCGCAGGCUAUGAAUGUAGCCAACACGUAUGUUCGGUGUCUCGAUAACAUUGUCUGCAACAUUGACGGCAAACUCAGUGAUCUUGACAGCCUCAGCGAGGACAACAAGACUCAGAUCAUGACCUGGAAUAACAAGAUUCCCAAAUCCUUCGAGAAGUGUGCUCACCACGUUGUCCAAGAAAUGGCCAAGAAACGCCCUGAUGCUCUUGCUGUCACAGCCUGGGACGGUAAUCUCACCUACUCUAAGCUUGAUCAAUACUCCUCGCGCCUGGCAACUUACUUGAUCAGCUUUGGCGUCGUCCCGGGUACAAUGGUUCCUGUCUGCUUCGAGAAGUCCACAUGGAAUAUGGUCUCCAUUUUGGCUGUCAUGAAGGCUGGUGGUGGCUGCAUCCCUAUGGAUAGCACUCAGAAGUCCCCAAUGGUAGAGAAGUGGAUUGUCGAGAACGUUCUUCAAGUCGCACUUGCUUCGCCCCAGAAGGCUCAAACACUUGAAGACAUUGUGCCUUAUGUCAUUCCUGUCAGCGAGUCCCUACUCGAAUACCUCCCGGAUGAGAUUCUGAAGCCUGCCACGCAGCCCUCCGAUGUUGCAUAUGUUGCGCUGACUAGCGGCACAUCCAGUCCCGCCAAGGGGGUCGUUCUUGAUCACUCAGUCGUCAUGAGUCGUGCUGAGGCAUUUGCUACCACCAUGGCAAUCGCUGAUGUGUCUCGCACACUGCAGUUCGCUCCUCAUACAUCGGACGCAUUCCUCCUUGAAGCGAUCGGUACUUUCAUGUGGGGUGGCUGUGUUUGCAUUCCCGCUGACAUCGAUCCUCUCAAUUUGGCCACCUCUAUCAACGUUCUCCAUGCAAACGUUGCUAGCAUCACUCCCACGGCCGCAGGAUUCUUCUCGCCCAAACAUGUCCCGGGACUACGAUCCAUUGCUCUUGGAGGCGAAGUUGUCUCUCAGAAUAUCAUAGACAACUGGAAGACCGAUGAUCUCCAUCUCCAGGUUCUGUAUGGUACAACCGAGAGUUCUUCUGCCUGCUUCCACCUUUUCUGUUCGCCCGGUCAAGAUGAGGCCACUCUGAUCGGAAAGAGCACCUCCUGUGUAGCUUGGGUUGUUGACACGGAAAACCCCAAGACACUUGUUCCAAUUGGUAGCGUUGGUGAACUGGCACUUCAGGGACCUGUCGUGGCACGUGGUUAUCUCGACAACACCCGCGAGUCUGACGACUUCUUUGACAGUCCAUCUUGGCUCUCCGCUAGACGCGGCGAUGGCAAACACCGCAUCUUCAAGACUGGUGACCUUGUUCGCUACAACUCCGAUGGAUCGCUUGUAUAUAUUGGACGCAAAAGCGACACACACGCAAACCUUUUGGCUGGCGACCUGGCACACGCUAACCAAGAGAUUGACAAAUUCCUGGGGGCUAACAAGAAAUGUGUCGUGGAAAGUGUUUCCCUCAAACGUGACAAUGUUGCAGUUGAGGCUCUUGUCGCAUUUUUGGUUUCUGCGGACACUCCGUCAGUCGCGUUCGGCGAACGCGUCAUAGGUACUCCUUCCCCCGACGUGACGACCACCGUGAAUAGUCUUCACAGCCAUCUUAGCAACUGCUUGUCCAACAGCAAGGUUCCUAGUAUUUAUAUCCCCAUCACCUCCCUUCCACUCACUCCUUUUGGAAAGCUAAAUCGCCAGGCCCUUCAAGUCGAGACACAGGAGCUUGCAACCAGUACCUUGGCAUCUUUCGACAUCAAAUCCUGGAUUGGAAACAAGUUUGGCAACCGGAGUUCCCAACACGCCAGCCUCUCCGGGGAUAAUGCCGCUUUCUGGAAGGAGUAUCUCGCCGAUGUUGAGCCGUGCAUAUUCCCUGCACUGUGUCACGAGUCAGGAAAAGAUGGUCGCUCUACGCGCACACUUAACAAGCAGACGGCCACGACUCAUGCGUUCUGUAAAUUGUCUGGCACCUCAGUCGAGACUCUCUUCCAGUUUGCUUGGGCUAUUGUUCUGAAGUGGUACACAGGAUCAGACGAUGUCUGCUUUGGGUAUUCAUAUUUGUCCUCGGAGAACGACAAAUUGGACACCCAGUCGAUUUCCACAUGUCGUUUCCUGGCACGGAAUGAACGAAAGCUGCUGGAAAUUCUCCAACAAGCAAAGCUUAACACUGAGACGAGCACUUUGAAUGCUGUCUCUCUGGAUGCUGUCAAGCGCCAGCUUGGGCUUGGGGAUGUAACACUCUUCAACACCUCUCUCACCUAUCGCAAGGCCGCGUCUCUGCCCAAGGGAAGUGCCCGGGAGCCCAACACCUCCAGUAGCUAUAGCAUUCUCGUUCAAGCCGAUGUCUCCCACUCGCACGCCGAAAUUCAUUUCAACUACUCCUCCGAAACCCUCUCCUCCUCCCAGAUCAACCAUGUUAUCGACACGUUUGAUCAGGUAUUGGACAAUAUCUUGACUCUCAACCAUCAUGAACGCACUGUGGGUGAUAUUGAUCUUAUUACCGAACGAUCUGCUCGCCAGAUUCGCGAGUGGAACGCCGCCUCCCCUCCCCGGGUCGAGAAAUGCGCAGACGAGCUCAUCCAGCAGCAGGCGCUACUGCACCCUCGUGCCGACGCUGUCUGUUCCUGGGACAAAAACUUUACCUACGGGCAGCUCGAAAUCGUCUCCAGUCGUCUUGCUCGCCAUCUCUCCAGCCUCGGAAUCCAACCAGAAGUUUUCGUCGUGCUUUGUUUCGAGAAGUCCGCCUGGGCCGUGGUUGCCCAGUUGGCUGUUCUCAAGGCUGGGGGAGCUUUCGUCUCUAUCGAUCCGUCCCACCCAGACUCCCGCCUUAAAAUGCUAAUUGAUGAGAUUGGAACCGACCUUGUUCUCUGUUCUUCUUCGGUUCACGCCAAAGUGUCCAAGUUGUGCAAGAAGUCGUUGGCUGUGUGCCAAACUUCCAUCUCGCAACUCCCUGACUCGCCUCUCGCUAUGUCCUGCAUUCGACCCGCUCCCCACAACGCAGCCUAUGCUAUCUUUACCUCCGGAACGACUGGAAAGCCCAAGGCUACCGUCGUGGAACAUACGGCAUUGAGCACCACAGCCUUGGCCAUGACCGAUGCUUUACAUAUGAAUUCCGGUACCCGCGCAUUGCAGUUCUCGAACUAUACUUUUGAUGUGAGCGUUCUCGAAAUCAUGAUGACCCUUAUGACUGGUGGUUGUGUCUGCGUCCCUAGUGAGGAGGAACGUAUGAACAAUCUCGGGGGUGCGAUUCGUCGCAUGGAGACCGUCCCCACACUGAAGACUAUCAUCACCGGUGGUGAGAAGAUGCCCUCCAACCAUAUUGACCGCUGGGGCGACAGAUUUGUCAUCAAUGCCUACGGUCCCUCUGAAGCUACUGUCGUCGCUACUGUUGGUGUCAAGAUUGACUGGGAUGGCAACCGCGUCAAUGACGAUCCUACAUCCAUCGGACGGGCUGCCAACUGCAGAGUCUGGAUCGUGGACCCCAACAACUGCAACCGCCUUCUACCAGUUGGUGCUGUCGGUGAACUGAUAUUGGAAGGAAGCAACAUCGCUCGUGGAUAUCUCGCAAAUGAAGCAAAAACCAAAGCGGCUUUCUUCGAGAAUCCAACCUGGUCUCAUCACGCUGGGUUUCAGGGUCUAUUCAAGCGUCAGGAUCGGAUGUACCGCACUGGUGAUCUGGUUCGCUACAACGGUGAUGGCACCCUUGCUUUCAUCUCCCGAAAGGACACACAGAUCAAGUUUAACGGCCAGCGAAUUGAACUUGAGGAAAUUGAACAACAGUGUCUCCGCUGCCUUCCUGAGGAUUCCCAGGUCGCUGUCGAUGUCGUCGUUCCCGAGGAACGCACCAUUGCUAAGGGCCUAGCUGCAUUCUUCACUGUUCACGACCCUGCUUCCAACGGAGGUAGCAGUGAUCAGUUCGCCCCAACGAUUCCUGGGGCGGAUCCUUUGUUGCUUGCCAUCUCUGUUUCAAAUAUGGAUGCUAUUCAGAAUAUGAAGGCCUCUUUGCCUAAGCUUCUGCCUCAGAGCAUGAUGCCGAGACUGUUCUUCCCCAUUCGCAACCUUCCAUUCACUUCUUCCGCCAAGAUUGAUCGCAGGAGACUGAAGGCGAUGGUCCAGUCUUUGUCCAAGGAAACCUUGAAAUCGUACAUCACCUUCACCGGAGGUGAGAAAACGGAGGAGACCUUGGCCGAUGGUAUGGAGCUCAAGAUCGUGGCCCUUGUUGAGAGUACCUUGGAGCUCGAAGCAGGAUCUGUCACUCCAGACGACAGCUUCUUUGCCCUGGGUGGCGACUCCUUUUCAGCCAUGAAUCUAGUUGGAGCAGCUCAAGCAGAAGGAAUAUCCCUCACUGUCUCCAGCAUCUUCAACACCCCGGUCCUCUUCGAUAUGGCCAAGAGCUGCGCCAAUAAAACUGUUACGGUGAAGGCUGAGGCAACGGUUAUCAAGCCGUUCUCACUUCUACCUCCCGAUGUGGAUAGUGAGGGACUAUUUGACGAGCUUACCGACAUUUGCCAGCUGUCCAAGGACCUCAUAGAUGACGUCUACCCCUGCAGUGCAGUUCAAGAGGGUCUUCUUACACUCUCAAUCAAACACAGUGGUUCUUACGUCGCGCAGCCGGCUUUCAGACUUGCCGAUGGAAUUGAUGUCAACCGAUUUAAGGACGCUUGGCAGACGACUGUCACAGACCUUGAAAUCCUGCGCACUCGCAUCGUUCACACUGAAUCCAUGAACUUCGCCCAGGUUGUCUUGAAAGAUGCUCCCAUAUCCUGGGUACAUGCCGAGUCGUUCGAUUCCCUUCCCGACGACAUUAUGCACCUGCCUAACGAAAACGGUGCACCUCUAACUAGCUACGCCAUGGUCCAGCCUCAUGGAUCUACCUCCAAGUACUUCCUCUGGUCUGUUCAUCACGCACUUUACGAUGGAUGGAGCAUUCCCCUUGUCUUCCGUAAGGUUGAGGAAAACUACCUUGCUGUUCAAAACAAGGUCCUUGGAACUCCCUAUAAUCUCUUCAUUGAUUACCUAGUCAAUAAGGACAUGCAAGAGUCGGAUGCCUACUGGAAAGCCUACUUGGCCGAGCUUUCCAGCCCUCCCUUCCCUCAGAACAAAAACGCAGUGCCUGAUGCCAUCCGCGCCGGAAACACCCAGUACCACAACUUAAAGGUUUCCAGAAUGCCUGAUACCGUCGAAUUUACCAUUCCUGUUCUCAUGCGUGCUGCCUGGGCUAUUGUCGUAGCCACGCAUUCCUCAUCUGGUGAUGUUUGCUUCGGUGAGACUUUGUCAGGAAGAAACAUUGAUCUUCCUGGUGUUGCUCAAAUUGCUGGUCCUGUACUGAGCACCGUUCCCACCCGUGUUAAAGUGGACAAUGCUAUGUCAACUCUGGAGUACCUUCAGACUAUUCACCAGUCAACGACUCAAAUGAUUCCACACCUGCACUCCGGUCUGCAGCGCAUUCGCCAAAUCAACAAAGAUACUUCCAGUGCCUGCGAUUUCAAGAACUUGCUGGUCAUCCAGUCAAAUGAUGGCGAUCUAGACAACAAGAUCUGGAUUGACGAGAAGCGCGAAACAAGUGAGGACUUCUUCACUCAUCCUCUGGUUGUGGAAUGUGGCAUUUCCAAGACCAGCAUCUCAUUCACUGUCCACCAUGAUGAACUUGUCAUCAAUGGCUGGCAAACGAAGCGCAUCACUGAGCAAUUCUCACAUGUGCUCAGCCAACUGAUUGCAUUACCAAAGAACAGCACCAGUAAGAUCAGCGAUCUGGAUAUGGUCAGCCCCGAAGACAAGACUGAGAUCGCCCAAUGGAAUGGUCGUACACCUCUCGUCGUAGAGCGAUGUGUGCAGGACUUCAUUUGUGAGAAAUCUGCCGAAACGCCCAAUGCUCCUGCUGUGCGCGCUUGGGAUGGUGAUCUCACGUAUAGAGAGUUCUGGGACCUCGCAUCUGGCUUUGCCAACUACCUUAUUUCUCGCGGUGUUGGACCAGAGGUAUUCGUUCCUGUCUGUCUUGACAAGUCGGCUUGGGCAAUGGUUACCCUGAUCAGUAUUCUCAUCGCUGGUGGUGGUUAUGUGCCUCUCGAUCCUUCUCAUCCCACUUCGCGCCACGAAGAGAUACUUGCUGAUGUUGGCGCCAACAUGAUUCUUUGUACUCCCAAUUACACCACCCGAUACAGCCGUGUCGUGAAAACCGUUGUUCCAAUCAGCAAAGAAACCAUCAAGGCAUAUGGAUCACUCAAGGUAUCCAACCGCAGUCGCCAACCAGUUAAACCGUCCAACAUGGCUUACGCCCUGUUCACUUCUGGAAGUACCGGACGGGCCAAAGGAAUAAUCGUGGAGCAUCGAAACGUCGUCAGCAGUAUCAUGGCUUUUGCGCCAAUGGUCAACAUGGACGCCACAUCGCGAGUUUUCCAGUUCGCCUCGCUGACGUUUGACGCUGCUAUCAUGGAAACCCUUGCAAUCCUCAUGCUGGGCGGUACCAUUUGUGUCCCCAGUGAAGAUGACCGACUUAACGAUGUCUCUGGCGCCAUUCGUCGUUUGAAUGUCACUUGGACCUUCCUUACUCCGUCCAUUGCCAGCAUCAUCGAGCCUUCCUCUGUUCCCUGCCUCAAGCAUCUCGUCUGUGGCGGCGAAAAGAUGUCCAAGGAAGUUAUCACCAAGUGGGCCAACACUGUCCAUCUUAUGAAUGGAUAUGGCCCGACCGAAACAUGCGUCUUUGCUGUGAUUGACAAUGCAGUCGCCGCCAGCCGUGAUCCUGCACGGAUUGGUUAUGGUAUCCCGAGCACUCUGACGUGGAUUGUCGAUCCUGACAAUCACGACCGGCUCACUCCACUUGGUGCGGUCGGCGAAUUGGCUCUGGAAGGUGCUGCUCUUGCAAGAGAGUACCUUAAAAAUCCCGAGAAGAAUGCCGAGGCUUUCGUCACUGAUCCAAUUUGGAUCAAAGACUUCGAAUCCAAGGUCGACGGCCCUCGGCGUAUCUAUAAGACUGGUGACCUGUGCUACUACAACCCCGAUGGGUCCAUUGAAUAUAUCAGCCGCAAGGACCACCAAGUGAAGCUCCACGGCCAGCGCAUGGAGCUUGGUGAGAUUGAACACCGUUUGUACGAAGAUACUCGUGUUCGCCACGCCGUUGUCAUUCUGCCCAAGAGUGGCCCGCUCAAGCAGCGCCUUGUAACUGUCAUGUCUCUGAACAGUGUUGCCGCUGAUACCAAAUUGAUUUCGGACAAGCCUUGCGAGCUUGUUGACGAGGAUGAGCUUGAGCGUCACGCUUAUAAUGAAUUGGUGGAUGUUCAGAAGAGUCUCGAGGGCCAGCUCCCAAUCUACAUGGUUCCCCAGACCUGGGCUCUCAUCAAAAAACUUCCCAUGCUUGUCUCGGGCAAGCUUGACAGGAAGAAGAUUACCGCCUGGAUUGAGGAUAUUGAUGACGAGUCUUAUGAGCGUAUCAUGGCUGACUAUGAUCGCAUCAAGCGCGGUAAGACUGAGGCGAAGCCGCAACAAGAGCAGGAAAAGACUGGCUCCCUCAAAAUCAUCCGCGAGAUCUUCGCGCAGGUCCUCAACAUCUCUUUGCAAAAGGUCAAUGUCGACCGAUCUUUUGUCAGUUUGGGCGGCGACAGUAUCACUGGUAUGGCUGUCAUAUCCAGAGCCCGCAAGCAAGGCCUUGUUGUUACACUGCACGACAUUUUGCAGAGUCGAUCUGUUAAAGAGCUUGCUCAGAAAGCGGGGACGAAGGUCACCGUCACUAAGCACGAGGAGAAGACUGGUGAAUGUUUUGCCCUUUCACCUGUACAGAAGCUUUACGUGCAAAGCUCGCACUCUUUCAAGGGUGACGCCCGGUUCAACCAGAGUAUCACUGUUCGCAUCUCCCGUCGCGUUGAGGCUGAGGUGCUUCGCCGAGCCAUCAAGGCAGUGAUCGGUCAACAUGCGAUGCUUCGCGCACGUUUUAGCGCGAAAAACAAUGUCUGGAAGCAAAAGACUGCCACAGAGGUUGACGAGUCUUUCCGAUUCAAUGUCCACUCUGUUGGUGAUACCCGCGCAAUGGUUCCAAAGAUAGCAGACAGCCAGCGUUCUCUGGACCCUCACAAUGGCCCUAUCCUUGCAGCUGAUUUGUUUAAUCUUCGCGCUGGCGGUCAGAUUCUUUUCCUUGUUGCUCAUCAUUUGUGCAUAGAUAUGGUGUCUUGGCGCAUUGUACUGCAAGAUCUUGAGGAGCUUGUAGUUUCUGGUUCCUUGUCUAUGGAAAAGGCACUCUCCUUCCAAAGCUGGUGCGCCAUGCAGAGCGAGAGAUUAAAAACUCACGACGCAACUAUCACCCUCCCCUUCACCCCUGAGAGGCCGAACUUGAGCUACUGGGGUAUGCAGGACACACCAAAUGUCUACGACGAUCUCAAGAUGGAGUCUUUCAGCUUGAGUGAGGAGACCACCAAGUUCAUUCUCGACGGCUGCCACGACGUCUUUGGCACUGAUACCGUUGAUAUUCUACUUUCUGCUAUUAUCCACUCUUUUGCUCGCACAUUUACAGAUCGCAAUGUUCCCACAAUUUACAAUGAAGGACAUGGCAGAGAGCCAUGGGACCCCACCAUUGAUCUCUCCAGGACUGUCGGCUGGUUCACCACCAUGGCACCCCUCGUCGUCGACGGAGAAACCAACUGUGUUACCGACAUUAUAAAGCGAGUCAAGGACACUCGUCGUAAACUGACAGACAAUGGAAGACCCUUCUUUACUAAAAGCCUUCUCCAGAACGACGCGGCUUCCUCUAGCUUCCCUGUUCCAUUGGAGAUUCUGUUUAAUUAUCUUGGUCGACUGCAACAGCUGGAGCGCGCUGACUCCCUCUUCCACCACCACGGUAGUGUUUUCGACAGCUCGGACUUUGCAGUCGCAGGUGACAUGGGCCCGCAAACCACACGCUUUGCCCUGUUCGAAUUGUCCGCGAUCGUCAUCAAAGAGCGUCUCAACGUGGCUUUCAACUACAACCGCAAGAUGCAGCACGAGCCUCAGGUUCGCCGCUGGAUUAUGCAAUGCAAACAGACCCUCGAGAAGGACAUUAUGAUGCUGAAGACUGCCACUCCAGAGCCUACACUAAGCGAUUAUCCUCUUCUCCCCAUCACCUACCAAGGCCUCCAGACGCUUACCACGAGCACAUUCCGCAAGGCCGGCAUACGUAACAAGGAUGACGUUGAGGACAUCUUCCCCUGCUCGCCUAUGCAAGAGGGCCUCUUGCUCAGCCAGCUUCGCGAUCCCAACGCCUACAUGUUCCACACAGUGUUCGAAAUCAAGGACGCAAAGGGUGGAAAAGUCGACGCAGAGAGGCUUGCCCGAGCUUGGCAAGCAGUCGUUGAUCGUCACCCUGUGCUCCGAACUAUCUUUGUCGACAGCAGCUACGCGGGCGGCUCAUUCGACCAGCUGGUGCUCAAGAACGUCACCAGCAGCAUCCUAUGUGUGGAAUGUCACGACUCUGAAGUAGAAGAGAAGCUUGCUGCUAUCUCUCUUCGUGACUCAAAUGCCAUGCGACAAUCGAAACUGUCCCACCAAAUGAUCGUAUGCAAGACCAACAGUGGAUGUGUCGUUUUGAAACUUGAGAUUAACCACGCCAUCAUUGACGGCGGCUCCGUCGAUGUUCUUCUUCGCGAUCUACCUCUCGCGUACGAGCGCAAGCUUCCCGAGGGCCCAGGUCCUGCCUUUAGCGAUUACAUCAAGUUCAUUCGCACUCAAAGUCAAAGUGAGGCUCUUGGCCACUGGAAGAAAUAUCUUAGAGGCGUGCGACCUUGUCAUGUUGCCCACACCGCUGAAUAUGGCUUCGAACAUGAACUCAAGGGAGUAAUGAUGAACUUCCAACGCUUCCCUGAGCUGCUCAAUUUUUGCGAAAAGAGCUCUGUCACUCUUGCCAACCUCACCCUGUCCGCUUGGGCCAUUGUCCUACGCCAGUUCACCCAAUCUGAUGAUGUCUGCUUCGGCUAUUUGUCUGCUGGCCGCGAUGCCCCUGUCAAUGGCAUCCAGGACAUGAGCGUGCAAGAUGAUUAUUUCAAGUGCAUCCCCCACCAAAGCUGCUCAUUGGCCAGCAUCCAGCAUGAGCUUGGCAUUCAAGGACAACCGCUGUUUAACACAACCCUGUCCAUCCAGAACCACUCAGUCGCGGGUGGCACCAAGGACAAGGGUCUGUCGUUCGAUCUUCAGCACGCCCAUGACCCCAGUGAAUAUGCGGUCACUGUGAAUGUUGAGAUCGCUCGUGGCCAAGAGGGCAUUCUUCUGAGAUAUUGGAACGAUGUUGUCACCGAGGAACAGGCGCAGGCUCUGGCUGAUACCAUUGCCAGAGUAUUCACUGGAUUUAUUGAAUCCCCAACUACGACUUUGUCGCAAGUCAAAUUUGGUACCGACGCUUCUUCAGAGUCUGUGGAUUGGGAUCAUUCUCAAACCACUCUCGCCGAUAAAGCCAAGUCCACCGGAGAAGCAAUGGAUAGUACCGCCAUUCAGAAGAUUAUCGACGACCGUGUUCAUGAGAUCAUCGCAAAGAUGUUAAGAGAUGGAAAAUUGCAGGUUCCCUCUAUUGAAACUACUGGCUUGUCUGACUAUGUACGCCCUUACGCCACAGCGGAGUCGCCAUACCAGACGGGUGUCCGGGGAGCUGAUGACUCGGGGAUAUGCUCAGCGACAUCUCGCUCUAGCGAGGAUGGGGUGUCGGCUGAUGUGGAAAGGAAGUUGUGGAACCUCUGGAGUACUGCUCUUGGCCUCUCGCCCAACGUGGUGAGACACCAAGACAGCUUCUUUAAGUUGGGUGGUGACAGUAUCACCGCCAUGAAGAUGGUUAGCGCCGCUCGUGAAGAGGGCCUUGUUCUCACCGUCGCGGAUGUCUUUAACAAUCCUGUCUUUGCGGAUAUGGUUUCCACAGUCCGUGCUGCGAACGUCACCCAGCAGAUGCUGAACCAGGAUCUCCAACCCGAAUCUGCGCUUACCAAGGAUGAUGAUUUCUAUGAAACCUCCUCAACAUUGCUGGCACCAAAAAUUCUUAGACCUACCCCGUCGUCUGAAAGCAUUGAAAUGCUUAAGUCCUCGUGCGUUGAUGACGCGGAUGUUCAGCGCGGAAUUUGCCCGAAAAUUGGUGUUUUCAAGGGUGGAAUCGCGGAUGUCCUUCCUGUCACGGACUUCCAGGCUAUGUCGCUGACAGCAACUCUAUUCAAGUCACGGUGGAUGCUCAACUACUUCUUCCUCGAAGGAAACGGCCCUCUGGACUUGCGCCGCCUCCGCGAGAGUUGCCUGAAGGUUGUCGAUGCCUUCGACAUUUUGCGGACCGUUUUUGUUUGCUUCCACGACCAAUUCUUCCAGGUCGUGUUGCGUAAGAUACGCCCUAGUAUCUUUGUCUACGAGACUGAUCGUGCACUCGAUGAGUUCACCAUGACUCUCCAACAGCGUGACCGUGAGUAUGGGCCGCGUGAAGGAGAGCAGUACGUCCAAUUCUACGUGGUCAAGAAGAAGGGAAGCGACCAGCACCGUAUCUUGAUUCGUCUAUCACACACUCAGUAUGACGGAGUGUGUCUGUCUAAGAUCAUGGCUGCCAUCAAGCACGGAUACGAGGGAAGCCCCCUGCCGCCAGUCACCCCCUAUGCCAGCUACCUUCGACAGCUGCCGGGCACAAUUGGCCCUGACCACUACCGCCACUGGGCUGAUCUACUAAGGGGAUCUCAAAUGACCCAAGUUGUGCGCCGUAAAGGCACCAGCAUGUUCCAAAAUGUCGGAGCAUUUACUGAGAUCCACAAGCGCAUCGAAAUUUCACCAAGUGCCCUUGGAAAUGUUACUAUCGCAACUGUCAUGCAAGCUGCCUGGGCUCUCGCUCUGGCAAAACUGUCCGCUCAGUGCGAUGUUGUCUUCGGUCUCACAAUCAGCGGCCGCAACGCCACUGUCCCUGGAAUUGAGAACACUGUUGGGCCGUGUGUUAACGUCAUCCCAGUGCGUGUAAAACUCAGCGAGAACAUGACAGGCCUCGACCUCUUCCGCUAUAUUCAAGAUCAACAGGUCUCCAACAUGCCUUUUGAGUCUCUCGGCUUCCGUGAGAUCAUCAAACAAUGCACUGACUGGCCCUCCUGGACCUACUUUACCACCUCGGUUUUCCACCAGAACGUUGACUACGAAGGCACUCUGGAGCUGGACUCUACGAAGUACCGCAUGGGCGGCGUUGGAGUCAACGACAACCUUGCCGACCUGACUAUGGUCUCGCGCCCGUCUGGCGAACGUGGACUGGAUGUCACCCUAGGCUACUCUGAGAAGGGCCCAAUCAUGCCAUCAUUUGCAUCAAAGGUCCUCGACAUGGCAUGCGAGAUCGCACAGUCCUUAGUGGCAAACCCAAGCGCAUCACUGCCAUCAGCCAGCAUGCUCCGUUCGCUCCCAGCCCAGACAAUUGACGACCUCUCCCGUCCCUCAGACGAGCACUUCCUCAGCGCACACCUCAAGUCUCGCUCCAUUGCGGAGCUCCUUGUGCACUCUGACAUUCUUUCCCGCUCCUGGCACCAGGUUCUUCCCAGCCGCACGCCCACCGCACCCAUCGGUCCCGACGACGAUGAAAAGCCUUCCCAUCAGUCAACCUUCCAGCUCGACUCGUCCUUCUUCGAUCUUGGAGGCGACAUCUUCAAUUUGGCCCAACUUACCUGGCUACUUGAGCAGGAAGGGCUCAAAGUUCGACUUGAAGACCUUAUCGAGCAUCCUUCGUUCCUGGGGCAGAUGGCUGUUCUUGCUUUGCACAAUACCAAGCAUAUCGAUGAUGUUCCAACGGAACACCUCGCUACAGGCGCCGUUCUUGACUCACCUGAGCCUAUGGCUCGUGUCGAGAAGAAGAAGACCUGGUCAAAGGCUAAGAUGCUGGCGCGCAAGCUCACCCGCCGUAACAACGCGUUGGUCGCAGAACGAGUUUGA